CCGUUGCCCCGGCCAGGUCCAUGGACUGGGCUUCGCUGGCGAGUGCCCCACGGCCCUCUGCUGCCCCCUGGCCACCCAGCCUUUGGCAGGGCCCUGGCCACCCCGGCAGGCUGCGGGAGCACCUUUAAUGUGCAGGACGGCAGCGACUUCCAGGACCGGGUGGUGAACAACCCCAAACCCGUCGUGGUGGAUUUCCAUGCACAAUGGUGCGGCCCGUGCAAGAUCCUAGGCCCCAGGUUGGAGAAAAUGGUGGCCAAGCAGGAGGGGAAGGUGCUGAUGGCUAAAGUGGACAUUGAUGAUCACACAGACCUUGCUAUUGAAUACGAGGUAUCAGCAGUGCCGACUGUGCUGGCUAUGAAGAAUGGAGACGUUGUGGAUAAGUUUGUAGGGAUAAAAGAUGAGGAUCAGCUGGAAGCAUUCCUCAAGAAACUCAUCGGAGCCUGAAGUAAAAAGGUGGCUGUACCUCUGCCUCUGGAUGCAUCUAUGUCAUGCAUUCCUUGCCUGGAAGAGCUGAGGGGCACGUGACCUGCCUGCCUUGUACAACCUGGGGUUUUAUUCUGUUUUGGGGGUUUUAGGAGACGGGCAAUGUUGUAACCUUUCCUUCCCACUCCCCCCUUCUCUUGGGCAGCAGUAGUUGUAAAGGGUGCUGAGGAGCACAGCUGCUUAUUCUCCAGGUGGGGAAUGUGGCUGGAAUUAGGAGCCCAUCUUUAUCAGCAAAGAGCUGAUGUGUGGAACUGCUGCUGAGUUAGAGGAGGAAUUUUUUUUUUCCCUUUGCCUAGCAUCAGAUAGCCCAGAGCAGAGGGCAGCUGCUCCCUGCAAGAUGUGGAUGCAUACCUGCCCUGGGUGGGUUUGUUUAAUGCCGAGAAUGCCUCUGCAUUGUCUGUAAAAAAGUGUGUCCUUUUCCCUCUGUCCUCAUGUUGCUGGGACACGUAUGAAUCUUCUGCAAAUCUGUGGGCUCCUGUCUUUUAUAAGAGAAAAUGGAGAGAAGUAUUUUAUGGGUUUCCUUUUGUAGGUCUGUAAUAAAGAGAACUUUAUUGGUUGCUUCUGUCUCCUUGGAGAAUAAAACUUGAUUCUCUGAAA